GUGCAGAUGGACGUAGCUGCUUGAACACACAUCGAGCGAUCAUGAGCAGUACUGUUCAGGGCGAGGCCAACAAGCAGCAGGCCACGCCCCCAUCGUCGCCCAAGGGCGGCAAUCCUGAUGGUGUUGAUCCCAGCAGACCCGGGGAGAAGAAGGUGAAGCAGCACUUGGACUAUGACGUACGGCAAGGGCAACAAGGGCAGCAAUCCUGAUGGCGGCAAUAUUCCUCCAGGGGAGAAGAUGAAGCAGCUCUUCGACAAGUCACUGGGGACGGUGGCGAGCCUGUCGAAGCUCCUGCCGACCGGCACCACGCUGGCCUUCCAGACGAUGGCGCCGGCCUUCACCAAGGGCGGCGAGUGCGAGGACCACGACGUCAACUUUGCCUUCACCUGGGGGCUCAUCAGUUUCCUCACCGUGCUCUGCGCGGCGCUCAGCUUCACCGACAGCAUCACCGACAAGAAUGGCGUCACCUACUACGGCGUGGCCACCCCCACGGGCUUCAAGCUCUUCAACCGGAAACUGAGGGGUCUGGAGCUGGCCGCCGGCGGCAACAACAUCCGCCAGCUGAGGAGGAUGAGGAUGAACUGGAUGGACUUCCUGCACGCCGGCGUCAGCGCCGCCGUGUUCGUGGCCAUUGCCUUCUGCGACGCCGGCGUGCAGAGGUGCCUAGUCAAGCAGGGAUCGCAAGCCUGGAAGGAUUUCCUCAACCACCUGCCGCUAGCAGUGGGGUUCCUCGCCAGCUUCGUGCUCAUCAUAUACCCCUCCAAGAGGAAAGGCAUCGGCGACGACGGCGUCCCGGAGGCGGACGACGACACGAGCCACCAGAAGCGCUGGCGCUUCGACAAGUCAAUGGUGACCGUGGCGGGGCUGUCCAAGCUCCUGCCCGCCGGCACCACGCUGGCCUUCCAGACCAUGGCGCCGUCCUUCACCAGGGGCGGCGAGUGCCAGCGCCACGGCGUCAACUUCGCCUUCACCUGGGGCCUCAUCGUCUUCCUCACCGUGCUCUGCGCGGCGCUCAGCUUCACCGACAGCAUCACCGACAGGGACGGCGUCACCUACUACGGGAUCGCCACCCCCUUGGGCUUCAGGCUCUUCGACCAUCACCCUACCAUGGAAGGGGAAGACGAGUGGGAGGAAUUGAAGAGGAGGAGGAGGAUCAAGCGGCGGGACUGCCUGCACGCCCUCCUCAGCGCUGCCGUGUUCGUGGCCAUCGCCUUCUGCGACGCCGGCGUGCAGGCGUGCCUGAUCCCCAAGGAGUCGAGGCAGUGGAGGGAGUUCCUAGCCCUCCUGCCGCUGGCGGUUGGGUUCGUCGCCAGCUUCGUCUUCAUCGUCUUCCCGUCCACCAGGAAAGGCAUCGGCCACGAAGGCGCUUCGACCCCGGAUCAGAUCGAAGUGAAGAAAGAUGAGGGCACCACCGCCACCACCACCACCACCUCCACCACCACCACCACCACCACCACCACCAAGACAUGGAAGAAGAACUCUGUCAACACCCAAGUUGCUCCAUCGUCGUCGGCCGUCUGACGCCGUGCACCGUACUACUCGUCGAUCUCAUUCUCAUCAGAUCUAGUAAGCCGCUGAUGGUAUAUGAUGCAUGGUAUGUGUGUUGUUUCGUGAUGAAUGCAUGAGUAGGUGUUGUUUGUCGUCUUCUUUAAAUAAAGCCUGCCGGAAUGGAAUCAAGGCGGCAUGUUUGUCUUUGUUUGUUAAAUUCCCCCCUAAAAGCUUCAUCCUCGAUUUCAUUUCAGUGUGGUGUGCUUGUACUUUUCAGUUUUUUUUCAGU